UUUUUUAAACCGCUCAGUCGUCUGUCUGCAGGAGGAUCUUUGUAGCAGCUCAGAGUCUGAUUUCCUGCAGGUUUGUGGAGAUAAAAUGAGACUUCCGGUCAUCCUUUUCCUCAUCACAGCAUUGGCAGGGAGUGUUCCCAUCAAGACCUUGGUUUUCCCCACUGAGUCAUGCACCAGUUUUGUUGAGAUGAUCCCUCAGAAGCCAAUGAACCUGACUGCGUUCACUCUGUGCAUGCGGGUGGCCACGGAGCUCAGCAGCCAGCGAGAGAUCAUCCUCUUUGCAUACCGGACUGGAAACUACGAUGAGCUGAACGUGUGGGGUGAACUGGAUGGAAGGUAG